AAGGCCCCAUUGCCCUAGCACACACAUUUGCAGAAAGCGGGACCCUCAGGCCUCCUCAAUGUGGGCCCCUGUCUCUAGACCCUGCCCUCCUCCUUACCUGCUGCUGACUCUGCUGUUGGGACUCACAGGUGUGGCCAGUGAGGCGGGGCUGCAGGUGAUCCAGCCUGACAAGUCAGUGUCAGUCGCAGCCGGACAGACAGCCACUCUGCACUGUACCAUGACCUCCCUGCUCCCCAUAGGGCCGGUUCAGUGGUUCAGGGGGACAGGGCCAGGCCGGGAGUUAAUCUUCAGUGUCCAAGGAGGCCACUUUCCCCGAGUAACAAAUGCUUCAGACACCACAAGGAGAAACAACAUGGACUUUUCCAUCCGCAUCAGUAACAUCUCCCCAGCAGACACCGGAACCUACUACUGUGUGAAGUUCCAGAAAGGGACCCCUGAUGAUGUGGAGUUUAAGUCUGGACCAGGCACCCAGGUCACUGUGAGCACAGUAAACAUUAAGAAAACACGGGAAGAGGUGGGCUAGCUUUGAACCCCCAGA